AUGCGUAGUAUUAGUUUAUUAAGGCGUUGUUUAUCAAAUCCACGGAUCGUGAUUAAAAAAUGGUCGGUCUGCAAUAAGCACUCAUUGUGCAUCUCAGCAAGGCCAAGGCCAGCAGUGGCAGGGCUAGCGCGGGCAGCGGGAGGCAAUAGGCUUAACGUUCAGCGCAUUGCCGCACCAACCAUUCUACACCUAGCAGUCGACUCUGACGGUUGUACAAGUGCAAGAAAAGCAGCAGCAAUGGUAGACGCCGCAACUAUGGAAAAGCUGGAGGCUGGCUUCAGCAAGCUCCAGGCAUCUGACUCCAAGUCUCUGCUGAAGAAGUACCUCACCAAAGAAGUCUUCGACGCUCUAAAGAACAAGAAGACAUCUUUCGGAUCCACACUAUUGGAUUGCAUCCAGUCAGGUAUUGAGAACUUAGACUCCGGUGUUGGAAUCUAUGCCCCAGAUGCUGAGUCAUACACAGUUUUUGCUGAUCUGUUUGACCCCAUCAUUGAAGACUACCACAAUGGCUUCAAAAAGACUGACAAGCACCCACCUAAGAACUGGGGUGAUGUAGAGACCCUUGGAAACCUUGACCCUGGUAGUGAAUUCAUUGUUUCCACCCGUGUCCGUUGUGGACGUUCCAUGGAGGGCUACCCCUUCAACCCCUGCCUAACCGAAGGUCAGUACAAGGAGAUGGAAGACAAAGUCUCCUCCACCCUCUCUGGCCUUGAAGGUGAACUCAAGGGCACCUUUUACCCACUUACUGGAAUGUCAAAGGAGGUUCAACAGAAGCUGAUUGAUGACCACUUCCUCUUCAAGGAGGGUGACCGGUUCCUCCAGGCCGCCAAUGCUUGCCGCUUCUGGCCCACUGGACGUGGUAUCUACCACAAUGAGAACAAGACUUUCUUGAUCUGGUGCAAUGAAGAGGACCAUCUCCGUAUCAUCUCCAUGCAGAUGGGUGGUGACCUGAAGCAAGUGUACAAGAGAUUGGUCACUGCUGUCAAUGAUAUUGAGAAGAGGAUUCCAUUCUCGCACAAUGACCGUCUUGGUUUCUUGACUUUCUGCCCAACCAACUUGGGAACAACCGUACGUGCCUCCGUGCACAUUAAGCUGCCCAAGUUGGCAGCCGACAAGGCCAAGCUAGAGGAGGUGGCGUCUAAGUACCACUUGCAGGUGCGUGGAACUCGCGGUGAGCACACUGAGGCCGAGGGCGGAGUGUACGACAUUUCCAACAAGAGGCGCAUGGGUCUCACCGAAUACGACGCUGUCAAGGAGAUGUACGACGGCAUCGCUGAACUGAUCAAAAUCGAGAAAUCCCUGUAA